AUGGAAUCACAAUUUCCACAGCCUUUGGGGGGUUUUCAAACUUCUACUAGACGUCUUCAGACUACACACAAUCCAACUCACCCAGGCUUUUAUACACGAAAACAACAAAUUCUAAACUCACUGGUAGAUUUUCGAUCUGACAGAAAUUCAAAAGGGCAUAAUUCUUCAAUCGAUGAACCAAUUCUUCCUUUGAUUGAAAUACUUAAUAAACAUGAAGAUUAUGUCACAGUGAGUAGUUGUUCUGGAAGAAUUUCUAUUUAUAGUAUAAGUAAUAAUGAUGAUGAUUUUGGCAUUGAAGAAUUAUCAGAUGAUUCAUCAACAAUAAAAUUUGGUGCAGGAAAAUUAUUAUUCAUAACUCAUUCACAAAUUGAUUUACCCAAAAAGAAAGAUGACGAGAUAGUUAAGGAAUUUUUAAUAAACAAAAUAUUUGGAAUUGAAUCAGAUGAUCUAAUAUUCUCAACAGCUGACAUAAAGGAUAAUUUUGAUUUAUUACAAACGAAUGAAUAUCGACUGGUUUACUUCAAGUUUGAACCAAUGGUAGAGUCACGAACUUUGGAUUCCGCAAAAAAUUUGAUAAAUUUAACUUUUGAAUCAGGUUAUCGUGAGUCCGGUCUAUUGACAAAUUCCAAACGACAUUUGGUAACGAUUAGAAAUUCUCAAAAAAUUGAUGCGCCAAUUGGUUAUAUUAAUUUAAAGACUCAAAAGUUGCAUAUUUUUGCGGAUCUUUCGUAUAUACUAUUACUUGGUACUUUGAGUAAUCAAAAAUUCGAAGAGAAUUCUAGAAAAAUUAAUGAGUUAAUAACAGCACUUGAUGAACAUCUAUUUGGAGAUUUUGGUAGCGGAGAUGAUGGAAUUAAGAAAAUCAUAAAAGAUGGCGGAAAAACUUCGGAACAUAAAGAAGAAAGAAGAGAGCGAAAAAGAAGAGAUGGAUUGGCAAGGCAAAUUGGAUUAAGGAAAAGUGGCACCUUGAGUGAUGGCAAUGAUGGAGAUGUUUCAACUGUUGAUGAUGAAAGUCAAGGUUUAGAUAAUGUAUUGUGA